AUGUCCCUGGCAGGAUUGAGCUCCCACUCUGGGCAGAACAGCACACGAGAGUCCCCCUAUUCCCACCGAUCGUGCCAGCCAGGUUAUUAUUGCCCCCAUGGGGGCAGUCGUGGGCCAAUGCCAUGCCCCCGGGGCACAUUUGGUCCGGAGGGGGGGGCCACGUCAGUGGAGCGCUGUGUGAGCUGUCCCCCCCACCACUACGGUCCCCGCCAGGGGAUGAGAGUGUGUGUGCCAUGUGGGCCUGAGGCUCACCAGCCUCUCCCUGGACAAGACAGGUGUGUGUGUCAAGGAGUGGGACAAAGUUUCCAGGCUAGUGAUGGUCAGUGUGUGUGUACUCUGGGCUCUGAGUGGGGCCGAGUGGGUCGUGUGUGUGUGCAGAAGGUGUAUGACAUCUGCAGAGAGGGAUUCACACGCACCCAGCACGGAGACUGCAUGGAUGCUCCGCAGUGGAGAAAAUACUGCUCCCAGCAGGUGUGUGAGACUCCUGAGGAGUACCAGGACUAUGACGCGUCUCUCGGGGUGUGUGUGAAUGUGGCGGGGAGUGUGUUUGAGGCGUUGCUGCGGCGCUGGGACGCCAGUGGGGAUCUACAGUGUGACCUGCGGAAUGACCUCUCCGGUUCCAUGUUCGCCGUAGAGACGGACGAGGCAGGUUUCUUUGGCCUGUUCAGUGCCAUGCCUCCAGAGAUCUACACGCUGUUCCAGGAGGAUCCCAACACAUCCGCAGUAUCACCUGACACACACACACACCCCGACGCAGAGGAGGAGUCUGUGGGGGGGUCGUUGGUGGCUCGUGAGCUGCUGGGGUCUCCAGGGAGGGGGCAUCUGUGGAGGAAGCACAGUAACGCUAGCAGCCUGGGGGUGCUGAACCCCACCACCUGCCUCCAGCAGGGAGACGUCCUGCUCUUUAUCGCCACCAGGGAGCACUACCCCCAGUACGACAUGUGA